UCCUGUCUUCCGCUCCUGUUUCCGCUCUGCGGUCUCUGAGACCAGCCUCGGGGCCGAGUUCAUGUCCCAGUGACCCCCAAGCUCCAUACCCGCGCCGGCCGGGGGUCGGACGCAGCAGCAGCCGCGGACCGACCCCGGGAGACCAGCCCCGCCCCGAGCGGAAGCAGGAGGCGCGCCUGCGCAGAGAGAGGGGGCGGGUGCUACCUGGCAGCUCCGCGGGUGCGUGGCCGGUGAUGGUUGGGAGUUCUGGUCUCAGGCAAGGUGGGGACUGGGCACAUCGUCAAUACGAAAUGUGAUCUCCAGCCAAAGUGGAAUAGAAAGCUAAUACGUAGAAACACCGGCUCAUUUGAUACACGUCAUCUUACCAGGAAUCAUGGAAAACUAGAAGAGUUUCAACUGACAGGCAAAUGUCCAAUUUUCUGAAGAAGAAAGACACCUUUUACCUCCUCGAUGAUAGAGAACGUCACUUUUCACCAUGAAGGGUUCUUCUGGAGGUGUUGGUUUAAUGGGAUUGUGGAAGAGAAUGACUCCAAUAUUUGGAAGUUCUGGUACACCAAUCAGCCACCGUCCAAGAACUGCACACACGCUUACCUGUCUCCGUACCCCUUCAUGAGAGGCGAGCACAACUCGACCUCCUAUGACUCUGCAGUUAUUUACCGUGGUUUCUGGGCAGUCCUGAUGCUCCUGGGGGUAGUUGCUGUAGUCAUCGCGAGCUUUUUGAUCAUCUGUGCAGCCCCCUUCGCCAGCCAUUUUCUCUACAAAGCUGGGGGAGGCUCAUAUAUUGCUGCAGGCAUCCUAUUUUCAUUGGUGGUGAUGCUGUAUGUCAUCUGGGUCCAGGCAGUGGCUGACAUGGAAAGCUACCGAAACAUGAAAAUGAAGGACUGCCUGGAUUUCACCCCUUCUGUUCUGUAUGGCUGGUCAUUUUUCCUGGCCCCAGCUGGGAUAUUUUUUUCUUUGCUAGCUGGAUUACUAUUUCUAGUUGUUGGACGGCAUAUUCAGAUACAUCACUAAAUCAACUGUUGCCACAAGUAUUUUCUUGAGAAUACUUUUUUUCCAUUGUGUUUCACUGAUCCCAGCAUAAAGUUAGUAGAUAUAACUUUUUAGUUGCUAUUCAAAUUAAUCAUUUUACUAAAAUUUUCUUCAAUAAGAAGGUCCUAGAAUCUCUCCAGACACCAACAAGCCUCCAUCUUGUCUAAGUGUUGUCAAGGACCUAGUUCUUUAGGGAAUAGGUAAACAGGUCUCCCUUUCAUUGAACAUGUGAGAGUUCAUGCAGGUUGCAAAGGCCUGAUAAUAGCUUAAUACCAUGACAUGGGGAAAAUCUUGAUAGAUUUGGCUUAAAGUCUCCUUGGCAUUCACUUCUGCUAAUUAAAAAAAAUCCUUGAAGAAUAAUUAAGAAUGGGCAAGGUUGUCAGAGAAUUUAUUUUGUUUCUUCCCCACACAGAUAAUAUCCCCAUACACAUUCACUGGCUCUUGUGAGCAAAUGAAUUUAAAAAUAGACAGCAGUUGUUCUAAUUAGUGGGAGCCAUGUACUCACCAGUUAAAACGGGCCACAACAAACAAGACUGAGAGCGUGUACUUAUCUUGCUUUUUCACCAACAGUGGUUUGGUUACCUAGUUUUAUUCACUUAAUUGUGCAUACUUACAUAAACUUUAAACUACAUUUAAAACUAGCAAAUCUGCAUACCAAAUUAUGUAUAAUGUAGAUUGAAUUUUUAUGAACUUAAAGUGAGUUAAUUGUAUAUGUAAUAUUGUUUAAAAUAUGUAAAAACCAAGCAUUUCAGCUUGGUCCAUAAUUCUAUUUGAUAUUUUUAAAUUCUCAUUUAAAAAUUAUACUGCUAUCGUUUAGCAUGUGAAAAUUUAUUGAUAAAAUGUGAUUUUAAUAUUCUUUAGCUAUAAACUUUCAAUAUACUUCCAUAUGAGGAUUAUAAUAGCCCUGCUUUAUUAAAGACCAUAAAAUAUUAACUUUCCCCAAGAUGUUAUGGGUUCCAGUUCUUCUGAUCAUUUGAUUCCUUUAAUUACUGUCCCUCAAUUUCUUCAUCUUUACAAUAGGUAUAUUAACAUUUACAGAUCGACUAUUUCCUUUAACCUCCUAGAAGAAAGUUUUUGUGGGGAAAGAUAAUUCUGUAUUAUUCAGUAGCAUAGACAUUUUGCAUAUCAAAGAUGUUCAUUUGGCACUAAUGUUGAUUGAAAUCAAAUCCAUCUGAGAUGCCUAGCUCGUAUUUGCAUUCUGGAAGCCUCCAUCGCAGGGGAGCUCGGCAGGGUAUGUGAGCUUUGUUGGAGGUGUGGUGUUUCAUUCUGCAGCUGUUGUGAGGACAGAGAGGCAUGGCUGACAGGCAAAAAAAGUCACCACCCAGAAUAUGCUCUGGGAUAGAGGAACUGCUCCUUUUCAUCAGCUCUUCCAAUGCCGUGGGAGAGGUGUUCCAAGUCUUCUCUGUACAUCUUGUGCUUUUCCAUUAAGACUUGUUCCAGUGGGAAGGAGCUUUGGAAAAAUUGCAAAGGUCUGAAUCUUGAGGGCAUUUUCAUGACAGGACUUGCCAAUAAUAAUAAUAAUAAUAAUAAUAAUAAUAAAGCUCCAGAGGCCUAACUGGUUUCUCAAGUCAUUUCAGUGAUAUCAUUGAAACGUUUUUGUGGUACUUUCCUUUGUCUUUCACUGUUUCAUUUUUAUAUUGCCUCAUUUACUUCUUUUCUUUUGGCUUGGUUAUUAGAAAAAAUAAUUAUGAGGUCUGUUGUGCAUGUUGACUGUGAUAUGAAGUUAUGGCAUGCCAUUAAGUUUUCCAGACAAUGCUGGAUGUAUCUGAUUCGUUCAUGUCAUCUGUAAAUACAAUUCUUUUUUGUAGUACUUUGGAAUGGAGCCUUUUUCUGGUGUACUGUAUGCCAUUUAAGUUUCACAUACAAGCUGCUUUCAGCAAAGGCUUGAAUAUUUAUAAAUUUCAGAUGGUUAUCCUCACUUUGUAGUACACUUAUGUGGCUACCAUAUAUUUUUUAUAUGACAAUUGGCUGAAUAGCUGAUGUGUAUGACACUUUUACAUAGAUUUGCACUUUGGAAGUAUUUUAUAGUUGUAAUGCAUCAAUCAAAUAAAUUUCAAGCACAUUUCUUGAUCAGUUUACCAGCAACCCUCUGAAGGAAUGAAGAUGAGUUGUGAUUGCUAUGUCAAUGAGUGAAAUAUAGUUAAAAAUGGCAGAGAUAUAUAGUACAUUAUUGUAGCAACCUUAUAUCUGAUUUGAGAUACUGUGUUGCCAAAUGUCCAUGUUAUGUUUAUUUCUCUAUUGGUUGUAUUUAUUAAUUUUUAGAAGCCUUUAAACUGUGUUAGAAUCUUUUUGAAAAGUGUUGAUUUUGCAUCAUAAAGUUUCAAUUUAACAAGGAUAUCAAGGAUAUCUUUUCAGUUACACUUUUAGAAGAGUGAAUAAAAAGGGCAGUGAGUUAUGCUGUUGGACUUGGUGAAAGCUAUCAUCUCUCCAUAUUGUAUUUGUUCAACUGGUUUAAUUCACUCAGGUGGAUGAUUGCACAUACAUUGGAAUUGGCUGGAGAGACUACACAGAGAAGUUUAAUGAUCGUGUACAAUUUGAGGGUUGAUGGUAGGGCUUUCUAAAAAAAGCAAUAUCAAGUGUGUUGUUAGUAUUCAUUUGGUCAUUUUUAUUACUAAUCUGUAAAUAUAUUUAUUAAAUUUGAAGAUUAAAUGGAAUUAUAAAGGAAUA